UCCCUACAUUCUCCUUCAUGCAUCCACGUAUAAAUGCGUAAUAUAUAAUCCCAAACCUCCCAUUAUUCUUAUUCUCGUCCAGAGGAAUUUUAUAAUCUUUAAAAUCCAGAUUAUAAAACAAAAUCCUUUUGAUAACUCUCUUCGAUCCCCAUCUCCCCCCUCAAAACUCCCCAAACACCCUUCUGCUGAAAUUUCCAGCCAUGGAGUAUGAGGACCUCUGUGAUCUCAAAGUCCACAUCAAUGGCCAGCACACUUUCUUCCUCAGUCAGAAAAAGCUCUGUUCUUUCUCUGCGAGAUUGAAGAAGAUGGUGAAGCAAGAAAAGAAGAGGAGAAGCUCAAAGGGGAGCAUGACAGAGAUCAAGAUCAUGGAUUUCCCUGGAGGCCCAAAUGGGUUUGAGCUCAUCUCAAGGUUCUGCCACAACAACGGAAGAAUCUUAAUGGGCCCUUCAAACAUCAGCAUCCUCCACUCCUCUGCAGUUCUUUUGGAAAUGACUGAAGAGAUCUCCUCCUCGAAUCUCCUAGCUCAAUCAGAGACCUUUCUUGACGGGCUUUUUUACUGGACUUGGGAUGACAUAAUAAUUUCUUUAAAAACCUGUGAGCCCUUUUUCUCCAUUGCAGACUCCUCUGGUUUGUUACUGAGGCUCAUAUCUUCCCUCCUCGCGAAGAUUUCAGAGAACUCGGAUUCUUCUCUAACCGAAGCAACCCCUUUCCCUUAUUCUCCUUCAUCCUCAUCAUCACCUGAUAUAUUAUCAGUUUCGUCACCAAAGGUUUUAAACAAAGAAUGGUGGUUUGAUGACCUGUCAAUUUUAGCACCAAGCAUCAUUGAGAAAAUUCUGAGGACCCUCGGAGCCUACGGCACUGAAAACAAGAACCUAACACUUACCAAGUUCUUGCUGCAUUACCUGAAAAAGGUUGGAGUUUAUGGAUACAAGGCUGAAUGUGGUAGUUUGGCUGAGACAGCAGUUAAUGGAGUUGUGCUAAUGGGGAGGGCUGCAUUUUCCUGUAGAGGGCUUUUCUGGGUUUUGAGAAUCGUUUCAGGUUUUAGGCUGAGAAAAGAGUGCAGGUUGAAGCUUGAGAGGGUGAUUGGGCUUCUGAUGGAUCAAGCCACAUUGGAUGAUUUGCUAGUUUCGGGUCGGGGCGACGAAGGGGUUUACGAUGUGAGCUUGGUGAUGAGAUUGGCUAGGGUGUUUGUAAGUGGGGUUGAAGAAGGGGGAGUGCCAUUGCAGAGGUUGAAGAAAGUUGGGAGGUUGGUUGAUAAGUAUUUGGGGGAGAUUUCUCCUGAUCAGAGCUUGAAGGUUUCGAAGUUUCUUGGGGUGGCUGAGAGCUUGCCAGAUUCUGCUAGAGAUUGCUUUGAUGGGGUUUAUAGAGCUCUGGAUAUCUAUCUUCAGGUAAUUGGAAAUUGUCAUGAAUCUGUUUUUUCUAAUCAUAUUUUUUAUUAUUUGGUUUCAUUCAUGCGAUGAGACGUGAAUUCUAUGCAGCAGUUCCCUGUUCAAU